CCUGAGUUGGGUGGAACGGGAUUCCUAUGAUGAGGUUUAUAUUUACAAGAGGGAGAAAUAAUCUGCCUCUCUUGUUGUGUCAUGCACAUAAUCCGUGUGUGUGUGUGUCUGUGUGUGCGCUUCCCCCAUCGGAGCCUGUAGUCUCUCUCUCCCUCUCUCUCGUGAGGACAAGUGCACAGCGCAUUCAGCAGCGCGCACUCCGCCGCGCUCCUCUCUGUCUGAUGCCAUGACCGCGGCUGCCUCCAUCCUCUGCUGAGACACCAUGCGCUGCCGGCCGAGCCCUGCUGGAAUGAACCGACGGAGAGACGCUUUCCAGGGACUCUUGUGUGGAUUGGCGCCGCCAAGAUGCCUCAUUUGACGAAACCUCUGUUUUUACUUUUGUGCCUGGCUGUCAGCGGAGAAUGCCGUGGGCACGGCCACCGGGUGCGGAGAUGGACCGGUACCGUGGAGACCCAGAAGAAUGGCCUCUCCUUGGCAAAGAAACCUCCGGAUGUGACCAAGUCUCGCAAAACAAAGACAGAAAAUCUGCUCAAAGUGGACGAUCACGACUUCACCAUGAGGCCGGCGUUUGGAGGGCCUGCCAUCCCUGUUGGAGUGGAUGUUCAGGUGGAAAGCUUGGACAGCAUCUCUGAGGUUGAUAUGGACUUCACCAUGACUCUGUACUUGAGGCACUACUGGAAGGACGAGCGCCUGUCGUUCGCUAGCAGCACCAAUAAGAGCAUGACGUUCGAUGGGCGCCUGGUGAAGAAGAUCUGGGUCCCCGAUGUCUUCUUUGUCCACUCAAAGAGGUCCUUCAUCCACGACACCACCACGGAUAACAUCAUGCUGCGUGUCUUUCCUGACGGACAUGUCCUCUACAGCCUGAGAGUGACGGUGACGGCAGCCUGUAACAUGGACUUCAGCCGCUUUCCUCUGGAUUCCCAGACCUGCUCGCUGGAACUGGAGAGCUAUGCCUACACGGAUGAAGACCUCAUGCUGUACUGGAAAAACGGCGAUGAGUCUCUCAGCACUGAUGAUCGCAUCUCCUUGUCACAGUUCCUCAUCCAGAAGUUCCACACUACGUCUCGCUUGGCCUUCUACAGCAGCACAGGCUGGUACAAUCGUCUCUACAUCAACUUCACGCUUCGACGCCACAUCUUCUUCUUCCUGCUGCAGACAUACUUUCCCGCCACGCUCAUGGUGAUGCUUUCGUGGGUGUCGUUCUGGAUCGACCGCCGCGCUGUGCCGGCCAGAGUGUCCCUGGGCAUCACCACAGUGCUGACCAUGUCCACCAUCAUCACCGGAGUCAAUGCGUCCAUGCCAAGGGUGUCCUACAUCAAGGCGGUGGACAUCUACCUUUGGGUCAGCUUUGUCUUUGUCUUCUUGUCCGUGUUGGAGUACGCCGCCGUUAACUACCUGUCCACCGUCCAGGACCGCCGGGAGCGCAAGAUGAGAGAGCGGGCGCGUUCUCAGUCGCUGCCCUGCACCUGUGGCAUCUCCCAGACGCGAACCAUGACCAUGUUGGAUGGCACCUACAGCGAGGCCGACACCAACAGCCUGGCCGGCUACACUCAGGAACCAAUGGUGCCAGAGGAGGAGCAGGAAGAGCUGCACAAGGAUCUGGAGAAACCCGAACGUAUGCUGGUCCUCAUGUCCAUGAGCAGCGAGUCCACCACCACCAAGAAGAAGAAGACCCUGCGCACCCUCAACAUAAUCCAGAACACCCACGCCAUCGACAAAUACUCCCGCAUGAUCUUCCCUGGUUCUUACAUCUUCUUCAACAUUAUCUACUGGUCGGUCUACUGCUGAACCACAGUCUGGGUUCUGAACUCAAACCACAGAGACAGAACCAACACCACAUCCGAGUGACACGCUGAUUCUUAAGGCGAUGUUGUGCAGGAUGCCCGGCUCUACAUACACAAUCAGCUUUGAGACUUUGGGAUGGGAGGAGCAUUGAUUUGAUGUUUUCGUUUUGUCAUGCAGCAAUCUGAAUGUUAAUUACCGCUGUAAACUGUAAACAAAGAUAAGGGUCAUUUGAGUUCUGUUUUCAAACUACUGCUACUGCUAAUUCCUUGAGUCUUUCUUGGCUUCAAUAACUGUCGAGUGCUGUUAAAUAGCUCUUCAUGUCCUGCAAACCUUGGAUUGAUAAAAAGUGCAUUUUGUGUUUGAGUCUUAGAGUUGAUAGAAAGUUAAAUUGUUGUGAGAUACUCAAUUGACAAGUCUCUUCACAUGUAUUCAUUUAGAAAGCUUGUAAAGCAGUGAAUCAUGAUUAUUAUUCCAUCCUCCGUCAGUCCUGACUUCAUUUUAAACAUCAAUAACGCAAUUAUAUCAAGUUAACACAUUUUGACAACAGUCUUUAAGCCAGUUAUCUAAAAAGUGAGCUGUAUUUAGUGGUGCUUUUAGCUUAAUGCUAAUGCCAACAAGCUAACCUGCUCAUGUUACCAGUAUGACCACAUUUACUAUAACCACCAUCCUGGCUGCAAACAUCGCUACGUAGCAUCGCUGCGGCUAACGGGGAGGUCAUUAGUUUGCCUGGUGUUUGGAGACCAAACUAUUGUGAUGACAGUAUGGAUGAAGUCUGAGGAGAACAUGAAUGUCUUCGACACAGUUUAUGGUAAUCAGUUCCAGAGCGGUUGAUAUAUUUCACUCAAAACCAAAAAUGUCAACGUCAUGGUGGCGCUAGAUGCCAUCACCAAUGUCAUCUGAAGAUUUGCUACACAAUUUAUGUAAUAUUUGUCAGAAUAUGUAAAGUUGGACCAAAGUAACCAGCCCUGAAUCUUCCCUGAAGCCCCAGUGCAGGGAUGGGCACAAACCGUUUUCCACUGAAGACUUCUUUAACGUAUCUGUAUCUGACCAUUACAGGCUUCUGGUACUUUGGUUUGGUCACAGAGGAUCAGUCGUUUCUCUCUGCCGGGACAUCUAGGCGAUGUACAUCCAAAAGCAGCCCAAAUUUAAAGGAAUUUCCAAAAAUGUAUGUGAAUAUUCUACACAUUCUCACAUCCAAGUGGUCAAAUUCGGCAGCUUGGUCGGUGGCCUUAAGCUCCUUACGUAAUGCUCCACGGACCCCUCGUCACAAAGUUGGGUUCACGCAAAAGGACAAAAAGGUGGUUGAUAUUAAUUGUCUGACUUGAGACUCACGUUACAACCCAGGUGACUCCCAACCGCAACAACUUCAUGACCAAGUCGCUACAAACUCAUUGUUGUUAUGUGGUACGCCGUCUUUUCUUGGGCCAAGUCACAUUUUUUGGCGAAGUUUUAAAAUCAUGAUGAGGAUGAAAGUGUGUUUAUCCUUGACAUUUAGGCGCCCGGGGGGCAAAGUCACACCGCUCCCUGGGAGCCAAUUAAAGAAAGCAAAAGGCGGGCUGUUCUAGUUUACCACUGGCCUGUUCUUUUCAUGCUGCUAGGUUCAGUAGGAACGGACAAACGCCAAGGCACUCUCAAGGUUGAUACAUGCGUCAUUUUCCCAUCCUCAUCCAAAAGCAGAACCGCAGCAAGACUUUGACCUUUUUUCCCCCGCCGACUACAUUUGACGGCCUGGUUGAGCACACGACUCACAUAACUAGCGACCCACACGCUCAUGAAGAUAAUGACUCAUAUGACUCGACUGAGAUGACCUGUGGGAUCAGACGUACUGAGCACUUCAAUGACUUACGUUUUUUGUUUGACUUAUCCACCCUCCGAUCUACACACCUCCGGGAUGGGUUCACAUUAUAGCUAUAUCAUUCAAGCAAAAAAAGAAAUACAUCUUUAAAUUGAGUAAUAAUUAAGUAUUGUUCUUGAGAUAACGGGCUUAGAGUUCAAAUUCAGAUGAUAUAUUUUCCAGGAUUUUGUGUUGCUGUGCUGUUCUGAUGCUGUUCUGAUUUGAUGAUGAUUCUCUUUUUGAUGAACUGGCCACUUGGUAAACUUUUGUAUCCAGGCAAUUUUCACAACACUGGAUUACUGUGUUGCUAAUUGCCUUAGCAUGUGACAUAUACAGCUAAUUGAGAAGACUGUGGUGGUACAUGUGGUAUAAUAUCUAACAGGUUUAUUUGAAAGUGGGACAUUUUGUCCUCGGGUCACUGGAGUCACUUGUCAUUGUGAGCAAACAGAAUGAAUAAAUACCGGCUUAGUAAAAUGGAUUCACUAUUUAAUGCAGCCAAUCAAUCAAUAGAAAUAGAAUUUCAUUACAUGUCAUUUGGCUGAUGCUUUCAUCCAAAGCAACUUACAUUGCAGUUUUAACCCAUGGUUUACAUUUUGCCUGGGGAGCAAUUAGGGGUUGGGUGUCUUCCUCAGGGACACUUUGACAUGGCACAUGGAGCAGCCGGGGUUCCCAGCACACCUUCUCUACUCCAUGCGCCACAUCGCCCCAUUCGGAUCAAUUGAUUUCUCUUGUCUGAAAUAAAAGUCCAGUAUUUGGGAACCUGGAAUCAUCUUUCUUUUCCAUGCUACGCCAAGCAGAACAUUCGAUCUCAUGGUUGAUCUCAUCCUAACUCUCUUUUUUUCACACUGACUGUCAUGGAAUUAGAAAUAAACGGUUGCAUACGUC